UCUCGCUCCCCUCAGUCUCGGGUUUUUUCCCACAGUCCUCUUCGGAGGCAUUGAAGCCUCGCGAGGUUUGAGCGAGAGUUAGCGCUAUAAGCCCGUGAGAAACAGUGCGGAAGAUCUUUUUCCUUAAGAUGGCGCCGAAGGCGAAGAAGGAAGCGGUUGUUCCCCCCAAGACGGAAGCCAAGUCCAAGGCUUUGAAGGCCAAGAAGGCGGUAUUGAAGGGCGUGCACAGCCACAGAAAGAAGAAGAUCAGGACGUCCCCCACCUUCCGGCGACCCAAGACUCUAAGACUUCGAAGGCAGCCCAAGUACCCUCGGAAAAGUGCCCCGAGGAGAAACAAGCUUGACCACUAUGCCAUCAUUAAGUUUCCCUUGACCACCGAGUCUGCUAUGAAGAAGAUCGAGGACAACAACACCCUUGUCUUCAUUGUAGAUGUCAAGGCCAACAAGCAUCAGAUUAAGCAAGCUGUAAAGAAGCUUUAUGACAUCGAUGUGGCCAAGGUCAACACACUGAUCAGGCCUGACGGAGAGAAGAAGGCCUAUGUCCGACUGGCUCCAGACUAUGAUGCUUUGGACGUUGCCAACAAAAUUGGAAUCAUCUAAACGGUGUCCAGGAAGACUCAGUUCAAAUGUUUCCCCAGACACUUGACACUUAAUAGCCAUGUGACCUUUCAUUCAUCAGCAACUUGCUUUUUACCUGAAUUGUCCUGCAUACUACUAUUGACUAAAGAGGGCCUACUAGGACUGUACAAUAAAGACAAUUCCCAGUGUA